UCUGUGACGACAAGGCCUUACGUGUGUCAUACGUCGAUUCACGUCAUACAGCUUCACUCUACUUCCGGGAAGGGGAACAAGAAACAUCAGAAUGGGACACACGAGUUUAGAAAAAAUCAUCGCACUGCAGAAGAAACCCUCAAACAUCAGAAAUAUAUGCAUUCUGGCUCACGUCGACCAUGGUAAGACAACACUAGCGGAUUGUUUGGUUGCGAGCAACGGAAUUAUAUCCACGCGUCUAGCAGGGAAGCUGAGGUACCUUGACAGCCGUGAGGAUGAGCAGAUCCGAGGAAUCACCAUGAAAUCCAGUGCCAUUUCGUUGCACUUUUCGACAGGGGAAACCGAAUACCUCGUUAACCUGAUCGACUCUCCGGGCCAUGUGGACUUCUCCUCGGAGGUGUCCACCGCGGUGAGGCUGUGCGAUGGGGCCAUUGUCGUGGUGGAUGCGGUGGAGGGAGUGUGUCCUCAGACCCAAGUCGUGUUGCGUCAGGCAUGGCUGGAGAACAUCCGGCCCCUACUGGUCAUCAAUAAGAUGGACCGGCUCAUCGUGGAGCUGAAGCUCAGCCCUCUGGAGGCUUACACGCACCUGCAGAAGAUCCUGGAGCAGGUGAAUGCUGUCACGGGCACGCUCUUCGCUUCCAAAGUGCUGGAGGAGCGAGCGGCGAAGGACACAGAGGAGCAGCAGCCCGCCCCCGGUGAGCAGGUGUACGACUGGAGCGCUGGUCUGGAAGAGACGGACGAUUCACACCUGUACUUCAGCCCGGACCAGGGCAAUGUGGCUUUUGCCAGCGCUAUCGAUGGCUGGGGCUUCAGCAUCCGCAUGUUUGCCCAGAUCUACUCUCAGAAGAUGGGCAUUCGCUCGGAGCUCUUUCUGAAGACCCUGUGGGGGGAUUUCUACCUCAACGCCAAAGCCAAGAAGAUCAUGAAGGGAGCGCAGUCGAAAGGAAAGAAGCCUCUGUUUGUUCAGCUGGUCCUGGACAAUAUCUGGAGUUUAUAUGAUGCUGUGGUCACCAGAAGAGACAAAGAAAAGGUGGACAAGAUGGUGACCUCUUUGGGCAUAAAGGUCAUGGCACGUGACCUCCGACACGCCGACCCCAAAGUGCUCCUGAGUGCCAUCUGUAGCCAAUGGUUGCCCUUGUCCCAAACGGUGCUCUCAAUGGUGUGCGAGAAGCUGCCGGCGCCGACCGACAUUGCCGCGGAGAGGGUGGAGGCUCUGAUGAGCGUGGGCGCACGCCGGUUCGACUCGCUGCCGGAGGAAACCCAGCAGCUGAAAAAAGCAUUCUUGGAGUGUGCGAGUGAAGAUGAGGCCCCGGUCAUCAUAUUUGUGUCGAAGAUGUUCGCUGUGGACUCCAGGGCCCUCCCUGAGAACAAGCAGAGGCCUUUGACUCAGGAGGAGCUUUCCCAGCGCCGGGAGCUGGCCCGACAGAGGCACGCCGAGAGACAAGCAGCCAAUCAGAGCUCCGAAAGCACCGAGACAGCCAUUGGUGGGAGUGGUCAGACAGCAGUCACAGCCAAUGACACCGGUCCAGACGCCGAUGCGCUGUGCGCUCAGACUGAGGCUCUGGCAGCGAAGGCGUCGGUGGAGGGGCCGCGGAGAGAGCACUUUGUGGCGUUUGCACGGGUCUACAGCGGCGUGGCACGUCGGGGGCGGAAGGUGUUCGUGCUUGGCCCCAAAUAUGACCCCGCCCUCGCCACGUUGCCACGCGGCUGUUUCCCGGACGACGCCCCUCCCUCUGUGCCCCACAUGGCCAGCUGCACCCUGGAGCGCCUCUACCUUCUGAUGGGCCGUGAGCUGGAGGAGCUGGAUGAGGUACCAGCAGGCAACGUUCUGGGGAUCGGUGGGAUGGAGGAGUUUAUUCUGAAGUCAGCUACCAUCUCGACCUCUGCAGCGUGCCCUCCCUUCACGCCACUCAACUUUGAGGCCACGCCCAUCGUCAGAGUUGCCAUCGAACCCAAGCAUCCAAGUGAGAUGCAGAAGCUUGUGCAGGGGAUGCGAUUAUUGAACCAGGCAGACCCGUGUGCUGAAGUCUUGAUCCAGGAGAGUGGCGAACACGUGCUUCUCACAGCAGGGGAGGUGCACCUGCAGCGUUGUCUGGACGACCUGCGAGAGAGGUUCGCCAGAAUUGAGAUCAGCGUCUCCGAGCCCAUCGUCCCCUUCCGGGAGACCGUGAUCCGACCGCCCAAAGUAGACAUGGUGAACGAGGAGCUGGGGCGGCAGCAGAAGGUGGCCGUGGCCCGUCAGGCCCGGGAGGAGCAGAGCCGCUACCCGGAGGGCGUGCAGGUGGACCCCAGCGGCUUGGUCGUGCUCACCACCCCCAACAAGCUGGCCACGCUCGGGGUGCGGGCCCUGCCGCUUCCGGACGAGGCCACCAGGCUGCUGGAGGGGAACGCCGAGCUCAUCCGGACCAUGGAGCAGUUCAACCUGAUGGCGCGGGAGGGCAGGACCAUGGAGAUCAGCCCCAAGACGCUGGAGGCCGUCAGGAGCUUUCGGGCGGAGCUGGCGAGCCACCUGCAGGGCCGCAGGUGGAGGGACGCGGUGGACCGCAUCUGGGCGUUCGGCCCCCGCCGCUGCGGCCCCAACCUCCUGCUGAACAGCCUGGAGGGCUACUGCCGCCCGUCCGUGUGGCAGUGUCUGGAGGCUCCGCAGGGCGGCGCGGGCCCCGCCACACCCCUGACCCUCCGGGACUUGGACAGCAGCGUCGUCAGCGGCUUCCAGCUGGCCGCCCUCGCCGGGCCCAUGUGCGAGGAGCCGCUGAUGGGCGUCUGCUUCGCGGUGGAAAGCUGGGAGGUCAGACCGGCCUCGCGGCCCGACCGGCAGGAGCUCGGAUCAGCCGCCCGGGCGGAGGAGGAGGCGGAGGCGCCAGCGGCCGGAGGCGGUCCCGGCAGGCGGCGGGGCGACGCAGCAGGCAGUGGCGGAGGAGACUGCUACGGGCCAUUAUCCGGCCAGCUCAUCGCCGCCACGAAGGAGGCCUGCCGCUACGCCUUCCAGGCCAAAUCCCAGCGCCUGAUGGCUGCCAUGUACACCUGUGAGAUCAUGGCCACGGCAGAGGUCUUGGGCCGUGUUUAUGGCGUUCUCUCCAAGCGCGAGGGCCGGGUUCUGAGCGAGGAGAUGAAGGAGGGGACCGACAUGUUCAUCAUCACAGCCGUGCUGCCGGUGGCCGAGAGCUUUGGAUUCGCCGACGAGAUCAGGAAGAGAACCAGUGGCCUGGCCAGCCCACAGCUCGUCUUCAGCCACUGGGAGGUAAUCCCAAGCGAUCCAUUCUGGGUCCCCACCACCGAGGAAGAGUACCUCCACUUCGGAGAAAAGGCUGAUUCCGCCAACCAGGCGCUGAAAUACGUGAACGCCGUGCGGAGGCGUAAAGGCCUGUACGUGGAGGAGAAGCUGGUGGAGCACGCCGAGAAACAGCGCACCCUCAGCAAGAACAAAUAAGCUCCACCCCCCACCCCCCACCCCCCCACGCACACACACACCCUCUGUGAUAUCACCACAGGGUCCGCAAGGCCAAUGGAGCAGGCCGUGCCAUCAGGAGAGGAACUGCUCAGCCCCUGGACGUAACGCUUGCUUCCUCCACGUUACUACCUUCACAAUGUCACUGAAAAACCCAAUUUUCUGGAGUAGGUUCUGUGUCACACCUGUAAUGCGCUUUCAGAUGUGAAGCAUGGCUCGUUCAAGAACACUCCUCCUUCUCAUUAGUCCCGCAAAGAUGAGCGGCUAAAGUACCGUCAGCCGAGCGGCGUGUUUGUCCCGAGCUGGAGUUCAGGAGGGUUUUAGCGGGUUUUUUGGUUCUGAACGGCCACACUGCUCACAUGUGGUGAGAGUGGUCGGUUGCUGACGGACUGGUUUUUCUCCCUUGCCUCCAGUGUUGGGUCUGGGCUUCAUCUGCGCUCGGCACGAGGUUUAAACGCUUCCAGAUGUGCAGAGGCACUUGUGCAGCACUCCACUUUUGAAACGGAGCUUCCCGCGCGGGGACGUAAAAAGGAGUUCUCUUCAUGCACCCCGGUGGACGUGCCACCUGGUCAGACCUCCGUUUCAGGUGAUGGGGUGUGGGAGGGGACGGAGUCGCAGCCGUGUUUGGAAAUAAUGAGCCUUUUCAGUGCCUGGAUGAGAGAUAGGCUUGCUCCAUUUGCACCAGGCAGUUUAUUCCCUAAUCAGAAAAAGCUGAAACCAAAAGAACCCAGAAACAACAUACCAACAAAAGCAUAGAGACAACAGCCCGCCUCUGUUUCCCCCCAACAGCCUGCCUUAGGCAGCGCGCCACCGGUGCGGUUCGAAUCCCGGCUGUGCCCCAUGGUGCCUGUGUUCUCAGCAGGCGAGCCAGGAGACCGUGUUCCUCCUGUGGAGGCACAGCACAGGAUCCGGCUGGAAGUGCAGCCACACCAUGCCGCACUGAGAACUCUUCCCAGAAGGAGACUUCCGCCAUGCUCCCGGGAAGUAAGCCGGACCGCUGGGAGCUGGAAAGACUGAACCAUCAGGGGGCUUGGGGGGUGCACUGUUUUUAAGAAAUACAAAAUAUCACACAAAAAUCACAAAUAAACGUGUGUCUGAAUAAAUCGUUUUGGAUUACG